AUGACGGAGGCCGCGGACUACCACGCGCUACCGGAGCAGGGCUCGUUCUCCGGCCACGGGGGCGAGCGCGUGAGCCGCCGCAGCUCGCAGGGCCCGUCCACGGCGGUGCCCGCCGCGUCCACCGACAAGGCGUCGCGCACGCCCACGCCGCUGCCCAGCGGCUCCACGGACGAGGCGGUCAUGGAGCUGGGCGACGUGGACGACGACGCGCUGCCGGCCGCGCCGCGCGGGACGCCCAAGGCGCUGCCCCGCACGUUCCUAGGCCCGGGCUACGGCCGCAACUCGUACUUCACGUGGCGCCUGCGCAUGAGCACGCUGCUGGUGGCGGCGCUGGGCAUCGCGGGCAUCGUCAUCUUCUGGGCGUCCAAGGACGUGGGCCACGGUGGCGUGUACGUGCACGACGUGGGCUACGCGCUGGCCUUCCACCGCACCAAGACCACGGCGUGCGUUGGAGACACCGGCUACUGCGGCGCGUGCGACACUAUUGUGGUGUACGCGAUGCUGGUGUACCACGUAGCGCCGCUGCUGGUGCUCAUCGGGCUGCCCGCGUCGGGGUUGCGGAUCUUCGAACCGUUCCGACGACGUCGGGACGGCGGCGGCCGCCAGAAGAUCCAGAGGUCCGUCUUCUUCCAGUUCUGCGAGCUGCUGAGCGUCGUUGUGCUGGUCUUCAGCCUCGUCGUGAUCCUCUACUUCGCGUACGCCAUCUUCCAGGGCAACAACUUCCACUGCAGCCGCGCGCGCGCCAUCCUGUACGUCGUGUUCGCAGUCGUGACCUUCUUCGCCAACUUCGUGGUGCUCACGUACUUCGCGCGGUUCCGCGAGCACCUGAGCAUGCAGCUUGGAGCCUUCAAGGAGACGGACCAGACCGGUGGAAUCCGCUCGCGGCUGCAGCGCAAGCGGAGCAAGUACAAGUCGGAGCGCUCGCGCGUGAUCAACGACCUACGCAAGCAUUUGUACAAGGAAACGUCGCUGGGGAAUGUGGCCAAGAUGGAGAGUCUGCUCGAGUAUGCUAAGGAGCGGUUGGGUACGGACUUCGCCGAGGAAAUGUACUGCGACGCCAGACUCGUGUGCAAGCUCUUCGGUCGCUCCAAGAAGAACCCCAUGCAUGUGGCCGCCUACUUGGGCAACGUCCAAGCACUUCAGUUAUUGCUGGACGCUGGGUUUCGUGUGGACAGUUAUGAUAAGGUUUCGCGCGUGCGCUUUACGACUGGAGAUCUCUUUUGGACGUUCGCGCAGAUAUUUGUGACGAAGCCUUUGACGUCUGAAGAUGAGAUGGCUGCUUCCAUUUUCCGGACGACGCUUGUGACGCCGCUGCAUUGCGCACACGGCGCGAACGUGAACCUCAAGUCCAGGGCGUCGUAUUGGUCGGACCGCGUGCCACCGCUUUUUGUGGCCGAUAACCCCGACAUCGUCACGCUGCUUCUGGAAGCUGGAGCCAACCACCUGGAUGUGCCUGAUCCAGGCCACAUGAACACACUCACAGUGCUGCAGUUGGCCUACAUGCGUGGCAAUUUCCCCGUGGCCCAUGAGCUCGAGGAAUGGGGAGCCGAUGUGGCGCUGACACCACUCCAUGAAGCUGCAGCCAAGGAUGACAUUGCAGGUAUUAAGAGGCUUCUGAAGACUGGCGCAGAUCCGAACUGUGUGGGCGAGUACGGCUACACGGGUAUGCACCGCCGUACGCCACUCCACUGGGCAGCGAUAAACGGUGCUGUUCAGGCCGAUAUCUUCGGCCGCUCGCCUCUCCACUGGGCUGCGCGUGUGAACAAGCCAGAGGUGGUUCGUUUGCUUCUGAGCAAGGGCGCCGAUGUGAACUUGCGUGACUAUCGCGAUCACACUCCGCUGCUAUGCGCUGCAUCGUCCAAGAACGUGAGUGUCGACCUGUUUGAGUGUCUCGUUCAGCACGGCGCAGAUAUCGACGAUCGCCUCCCCAACGGUGAUACAGCCCUGCACAUUGCCAUGAAGUGUGAGCAGAAGGGCACCGCGCUAGCACUCUUGGAUGCCGGAGCAGACGUUAUGGAGACGAACCGCGAUGGUUAUCGUCCAGUGGACUGCACCACGUCAACGCAGCUGCAGUUUGAGAUCAAGCAGGCUGCAGGCGACCGCGAUGUUAUGAUCAGCUACACGCACUCGCACAGCGAAUUUGCACUGAAAAUCCGCGACAGUCUCGAGCGCGCGAACAUCACGUCGUGGCUUGACCUUAUGGACCCCACGGGUAUCGGCGGUGGCUCCGUAUGGCGCGAAGAGAUUGCGCGUGGCAUCAAAAAUGCCGAGGUGAUCAUCUGUCUGUACACAGAGGACUACCCAGUCUCUGAAUGGUGUCUCAAGGAGCUGGCGCUGGCCAAGCAGCUUGGUAAGCCGAUCAUUGCCGUGUCUCCUGAGGGGGCUGCAGUCACAGAUGAGAUGCAGGUUUACAUCUACACGCGUCAAAUGGUUCCGUUCGAGCAAGCGAUCAAGAGCGUGAACAACGCCAACAAGCGGAAGAUCACGUACGAGUACGACGAGGAGCGGUUUGCGGCGCAGUUCCGACUUCUGCUCGACGGCGUUCGUGACGAAAUCGAGAAGCAACGCGAGGCCAACGUCACUGGGAGCCGCCGUCGCCUGGCUAACGGCACCAGCGUGGUCGGAUUCGGUGAGAACAUCACGGAUUGGGACCCCGCCACUCUGGACAACCUCAGCUUUGCGUUUGUAUCGCACGGCGACCACCACCACACGUUCGUCAAGCGUCUCCACGACCGACUACAGGACAACAGCGUGCGGUGUCUGCUGGACGGCACCCAGACGUACGCGGACAUGACGGAGCGCAUCCACGCCGCCAAGGAGGCCAUCCUAAAGUGCGACGUGUUCAUCGUGGUGCUUUCCAGGAAGACCGUCAACAGCGAGCUGGUCAAGGACCAGUUGGCGUUUGCAGAGGACAAGGGCAAGCCCAUCCUGCCGAUCAUGCUCAACGACAUGGAGAUCCCGCUGGACAAGCACUACACGCUCUCUCGCGUCGAGCUGCUGCACUUCACCCCGGAGCUGGGCUUCAACUCGAGCUUCAUGCAGCUGCUGGGCCGCGUCCGCGACAACAUGACCACCGCCAACGCGUCCUUCAACGCCCCACGUGCAUCCGCACGUCCCACCUUCCGAGCCGUCGCUCGAAUUACCGCCAUGAGCCACGCGCGUCAAAACAACAGCAUGGCCGUCAACGCCGCCGCCCGCGCCUUCCUAGGACGCCCUCGUCUCUCGGAAGCUGCUGUGGCGCUCGUGUAG